AGGAAAAUUUUAAGCCUAAUUAAAACCCAACCUUUUCAAUAAAAUAUGGCUCUCAAAAAAUGGGCAACAUGCAGAAAAUAUUUCCUCAAUUGUAUCAAACCCAAGAACACAAUCUUGGGGCCUAAAGUUCGUGCUUCUUCUUUGAAGCAAAUUUCUAGCCAGAGGCUAUUACUCUCAGAUGUAAGCGAUCCGGGCUCUCCAUUCUCCCUCAGUGAUCUAUCAAUCUCCCUUGCAGACCUUCAUGUCUUCACUCGCAAGGAGCUAAUAUUGAUAACAAAAAACUUCUCCAAGUGUAAUUAUCUUGGCGAAGGAGGGUUUGGACCUGUCUAUAAGGGAUUCAUUGAGGAUAAUCUCAGGCCGACCUUGAAGGCUCAACCUGUGGCUGUUAAGGUCUUGGAUUUGGAUGGAACUCAAGGGCAUAUGGAGUGGCUGGCUGAAGUUGUCUUCCUUGGGCAAUUAAAACACCCCAAUCUGGUGAACUUGAUCGGAUACAGCUACGAGGGCCAGGAUAGGCUUUUAGUUUAUGAGUACAUGCCUGAAGGGAACUUGGAGCAUCAUCUCUUUCGAAGGCAUGGUGCGGCAUUGCCUUGGCUAACUAGGCUAAAAAUUAUACUUGGAGCUGCGAAAGGCCUGUGUUUCCUCCAUGAAGAAGCGACACCAGUCAUAUACAGGGAUUUUAAGACUUCCAACAUCUUGCUUGACCUGGAUUACAAUGCUAAGCUUUCAGAUUUUGGAUUGGCCACGGAUGGACCAGAUGAAGAAAAGUCACAUGUUACUACAUGUGUGAUGGGGACAGAAGGCUACGCAGCGCCUGAGUACAUAAAAACUGGUCACUUGACAACUAUGAGUGAUGUCUUCAGCUUCGGAGUAGUACUUCUGGAGCUGCUGACUGGACGGCGGUCGGUGGACAACAGGCGUCACGGGAGGGAAAAGAAUCUUGCAGAGUGGGCACGGCCUCUUUUGAAGGACCACCGCAAACUUGAAGGCAUAAUGGACCGGAGACUUGAGGGGCAGUACUCAAUAGAGGGGGCUCGGAAGCUGGCUGCGUUGGCUUACCGGUGCCUGAGCAGCAACCCCAAGUCCAGACCCACCAUGAGCUCGGUGAUCAAGACCUUGGAGCCUGUGCUGGAGUUGAAGGACAUCCCGGUCGGACCUUUUGUGUACAUUGCCCCGGUUCAGGGUGAAAAUGAAUGUGACAAUGUUAAAAAGAAUAUAAAGGAAUUAGAUUUAGAUGAGGUGAGAGCCGAGGAGAAAAUUGAAGAAAAGGAAGAGAAGAUAAAGAAGGUCCGGCAACGGCACCAGAAAGUUCGUCGUAACAGACAUCGGAGAAAGGCAAUAGGACGGGCUAUCCAUUCCGACACUGAAUUAUAUAGAACUCUUAAAUCCAGUUUGUAUUCUUAAAAGCAAUAGAAACAAUCUUACUGU